AUUCCCCGUGACGCUUGAGUCGCGGAUCGAGUAUCUGACUCUGGCAGUUGGAAACGCCAAGUCACACCCCAUUUCUGCUGGGGGAAAACACGAGACCGCGAUUGCGUUCCUGACUGACCUGGAAGAAAAGCUGGAAGUGGCCCAAGUGCAGCUUGAGAUUCUGAAUGCGCUGGCUGCCGCACAAAAUCCUCGGCCUGAAACGCCCCAGGCGAUGGCUCUGCUCCGCACAAGGCUCUUCACCAUGACCGAAUUGUAUCAAGAGUUUGCUGACCCCUUCGAUAUGCCCCUGAUGAAACUUGUGUGUUUGCAUGUCUCUGAACAUCGGGACGACGCCAUUGUUCGACCGAUUUGGAACAGGAUAUUCCAAGAAAUCCUGGACGGCGUGCCGGAGAACGCGACUCCGCAAGCGAUUGCUGAUGAGAUCAUCAAGCAGGUUGUGCCGCUCGGCCAGCGGUUCCACCCAUCCGAGAGCGCAUUCCCACUGAGGCACAUCGCCACUUUGUUGGUCAGAUUCUCUUUGUCAAAUCAAGAUGCGCUUCCAUUUGGCUGGGCUCCGCGGGUUUUGGUGCAAUGCGGUGUGCCUUUCCCUGAAGUAUGGGACGUGCUCCAUGAGAUGUACGAGUCCCACGUGAGUAGAUUCUCGAUCGUUUUUGCAUAUCGCUGAAUAAAUAUCAGGUCCCGCCCUUCAACGACCAGAAAAAUGUACAGGCGGUGUCUUCGGACAUCGCAAUCCUUCUGAGCGACUGGAUUGAAGCUGCGAAGCGACCACAAUCUUAUGGGCGCAGGGCCGACGAGUUCCCUGUCGGCCGUAUCCACCUUGCCGUCGAGCAAUAUCUAGCAGAAUUGGAGCCGAGUCGCACUCGGACCAAGGAAGCCUUCGAAAAUGUCAAACGCCAAUUACGGAGGAAUUGGUGAUGAGACUCGCAUUUUUCUGUAGCUUAUGAGUAUUACAUGUACAUGAUAAAUAGCGCCCCGUGUGCAAAAUUACACCUCCAAGAUGGAAUCCUCCAAGCGGUAGAGGAGUCUUUUUGUCAGGGCCUCAGUCCAGCGAUAGACUUGCAUCAGUGC